CACUUUGCUCUCUGAUUUUUGACUCUCCCAUUUUUUAUCUUUAACCAAUAGUUGCUGUUAAACUCGUAAAUCCUCAAUCGUCUGUCACCCUUUAUUUACAUCACAAGCAUUUGAAUCUUUGUUUUAUUUCUAAUUCUAACCAAAUUGUAUGUUUUAUUUGUUAAAUUGCUUGUCAUUUAAUUAAUUAAUUCUUUAAUUGUGUUUAUUACUAUUACUUCGAUACUUACAUUGGAUGGUCAACUUGUCGUCAACCUUAAAUCGUGGUGCAUUUUCCUCUCUAUAACUGUUUUGAAUUUUCGCUUUCUCUUUUGGUCAAAGAAUCGUGUUAACAGUUGUUUUUUUGAUUUAUUUUCAUAAACCUGAGUAUUCAUAUUGACGUGGAUUAACGAUAAAAUCAACUUUAAUCAAUAUUCACACACAAACUAAAGUUAAUGAGAUAUAAUGGUCGACAAUAAUGUGGAUAAAAGUGAAUCAGGUGAUCAAGUAAAUACUGUCGUUGAAAAGGAAUCACUUGGUGAAUAUAUACGAGAAUGUGAAGACAAAUUUCAACAAAAAGCUGAACUAAGAGCUCAAAAUGAACGUCCAGAUUAUACCAGAGCAGAGGAAGAUCUUCAAGGAUUAGACUUUGGUGCUAAAAAGAGCUGUGCAUUCGUUAAAAAGCUGCGUAACAUGACAGAAGGUCAAAAGGAAAGUCUUAUUAAGGAUAUGUUAUCAUUAAAUUUAUCCAAAUAUAUAUCUGAAGUUGCUGGUGCUUUGGUCGAAGCUAAAUUAAAAAUGUCCGAUAUUCCUAUGGCAAUCAAAAUAUGUUCACUUUUACAUCAACGUUAUUCAGAUUUUUCAUCUCAACUAUUAGAUUCAUGGAAUAAAAGUUUACCCAAAAAACCAAGUGAUUUGGCAAAUUUAAAUUUAUCCAAAAUGAGAAUUGAUAUAAGAUUUUUUGCUGAACUUAUAACAUGUGGAAUAUUUACAUUGAAAGAAGGUCUUCCCAUACUUGGUAAUCUAUUAACUCUUCUGGUAACCAGUGAUAAAGAAAAUCAUAACAAUAUCAAUAUAAUAUUAACAUUUUGCCGUCAUUGUGGUGAUGAUUAUGCCGGUUUAACUCCACGUAAAAUGCGUAUAUUAUCUGAUAAAUAUGGUAUUUCAUUGGUUAAAAGUGAUUUUUUAGCAUCUGAUCGUCAAAGAGGAUUAAGAAAUCUUUUAAAAGAUUAUUAUAAAAGUUUAGCAAGUCACAUAGUUCGUGAUCAUAAAUCAUUACAAUCAUUGGAGCGACAAAAUCGUCGUACAUUAAUAUCUAAAGGUGAAUUAAGUGAGAAAAGGAAGGAAAAAUUUGAACAAGCUCAAAUAGCUUUUCAAAAAUUAUGGUCAGCAACUCAACAAAUGGCCGAUAUUUUGGAUGAAGAUUUACCUGAAUUACCUUUAGAUGCUCCAGAUUGCCUGGACGAUGAACAAUUUGUGGUUGAAGAUCACAAUAUCAAGAACACAGCAAUUGACUGUGACAUUUCGUCUGAAUACGAAUGUGACUCUUUAUGGAGUAAAGUUGAUUCAAUAAUUACAAGAUCUGUGAAAAAAUUGCUGCCAAACUCUUUUUUUCAAGAGAUCACCAAAAUUGUCCCAUGGACAAACGACGUUGAAACCAAAUCUCUUCCCUCAUCUCAAUAUACACUCGCCCAAGUUGCUGAACAUUGUACAGUCUAUGAUUGUUGGAUUGUCCUUUUCGACAAAGUCUAUGACGUUACUGAUUUUAUGUAUGAGCAUCCUGGAGGUGAUUAUAUAAUAGCAGAAAACGCUGGUCGUGAUGCUACAAAUGCUUUUUCAAACUCAAGACACAGUAAAGAUGCAUAUGAUCUCAUGGAAAAAUAUUGCAUUGGAAGUUUGGUUCCUGCCGAUUGUUUAUAUAGUCUUGAUUAUUAUCAAAAAUUGUGACACGAGAAUGUUUUCAAGACGCCAAAAAGUCGAACAAAAUCUACUUCAAAAGCUCGUUCUUUUUGCUACUCAAACCCAAUCCAGUUCGCCGAACUGAAAUUGGGUAUCAUUGGCAUUAUGUUUCUUUCAAUUAUUAAUCAAAAUGAACGAAUCCCAAAGUUUAUUUAAUUCAUACAAUUCUUAUCGAUAAUCCAUUGUAUAAGUAUUAAGAUCAUAACCUUGAUUCCUAACCAAUCAUUCUUGUCAACAAGUUGACAAGAAGUUAUAUUUUUCACCUUACAAAUCAACUCUUAAUAGAGUCUUAAUCAAUGUAACAGUAAUCAAAUCUUUUUUAACCAAAACCACAAUUAACACUUAAAAGGGAAAUCAAAUGUAAAUCAAUUUCAAAUCAAUUUCGUAUGAAAAUUUUACUAAUAAAAUUGUGUUAAUUUUUUAUCAAAAUCAA